AAAACUUUUCACAUCAUUUUGAUUAAAACUAUUGCCAUGAAUACUACUUCAAUAUUUUAGAUUGUCUUUUAAACAAAUAGUUAGUAAUAAACCGUAUAUCUAAACAAAAUGGGCGCCAUGUUGGGCGUUUCCCGUGGCCAUGCUGGUGGUAAUUUACCCACCACAUCGGAAACAGCAACCGCAUCCACAUCGCCAAGUACCACAUCCACAGAAGAGAAGCAAGAACAGCCAGAGAAGUCGGAUAUCUCUUCUACAGAUGACCAAAUCAAUUCAAAUCCAAAUCAAAAGAAAACAAUCAAACCAAAGAAAUCGAAAUCGGGAAAUGUUUUAAGUGUUAUUGAAGAUUUGCAGCGACUACCCAAUGAAGCCAUCCAUCAGGAAUUCGAUCGUCUGCUCGUUCAUACUGGUCGCCACUUUAAGAGUCGAGAUCCAAGACCCUGCGAGGAUGUGUCGGAAAAAUUGCAAUACUGUCUACACCAAAAUCAUCAGCGUUCGUGCAAAUGUUUCACUUUAAUGGAACAGUAUCGCCAAUGUGUUUACCGGGCCACACAAGAGAAACUGGAUAUGUCGAGCGAAGAGGAGGAGCCGCCCCUGUUGCCAAUUACGCCUCCAGUUAUAAUGCCCCAGCCACAGAUGCCAGUCCAACAGCAACGUCGUCGCAGCAGGUGGAAGUUCUGGACAUGGUUUCGCUAAGCUAAUCCCUAAGGCUUCGCCGUACCUUCCCCCCACCCUUUAAAGACCAUUGCAGUCUGCUCAAACCUUUCAUUCACAUCAGUUUUAGUUUCUUUUCUGUUUUCAUUAUUUUUUUUUUUUGUUUUUUUUCCAUGCUUUUGUAAAUCCUGUUGCAUUUAUCUAUUCAAAAUUUGUAGUUCAGUGGCUAGCCCCUAAAGUAGAUUAGUCUGGCCCUCAGUUGAGUCCAUGCCACAGUUUCCUUUUAUCUAUUCAGUGUGUAAAAGGUUGGAAUAGAAAAUGCUCUUAUUAAUUAGGCAACUACACAAAAUCGUAAAUGUUUACAGUGUAUAUUCCAUAUAAGCAAUUUUUAGUUAAGAUCGUUACAUAAGAACCGUCAAAAUUAAAUUCUCUUCAGUUGUUAAUUUCAAAAUCUAAUAAAAUGUUUUCCAUGAACAAAAUUCCCACAUUA